AUGUUCAAAUUCAUCACUGUUUGCUUUUUCGCUGUCUUGGCUGUUGCGGCUGCCAAACCUGGUGUAGUUGCUCCUUUGGCUUAUAGUGGCGCCGCUCCUUUGGCCUACUCAGCACCAUUGGCCUACUCAGCACCUUUGGCUUAUACCGCUCCCGCUGCUGCUGUUGUUGGACAUGCCUCCUAUGUUGCUCCCUAUGCCACCAGCUAUAAUGCCCAUCACAUUGCCCACUCUGCUGCCUUUCCUGCUGCUUAUGCUGCUGCUCCAGUUGUAGCUGCUGCCGCUCCACUUGCUACUCCAUUCGCUGCUCCACUCUUGCUGAAGAAGUAA